AAACCCAACUAAGAAAGAAAGAAUACGGCAACAGUUGUGGUGACCCUAUAAACCCCCAACAACAAGUAGACUAUAAUAAGAGGCUUCUCUAAGUGUUCCCGAUUUUUUCGUCUUAAUUUGGUAAAUUUUUUCUCCUCAAACUCCGACAGAAUAGCCAGCAAUGACCGAGGAAAUUUUAUCACUCAAGUGGAAUAAUCAUCGUACAACAUUUCUUCAUGUAUUAUCAAAUGUUAGACUAAAGGACUCUUACUCUGAUGCAACAAUCACCUGUGAAGGAAAAUUCUACCCAAUUCACAAGCUUGUUGUAUCAUCAUGCAGUGAUUACUUUGAUAAAAUCUUUCAAGCAACUCAAUGCAAGCAUCCUGUUAUUGUCAUAAAGGACAUCAGACACAACGAUAUGGAAGCUCUAUUGAACUACAUGUACCAAGGUGAAGUGAAGGUGUUGCAGAGGGAUCUACCUGGAUUAUUAAGAGCUGCUGAGUGCCUUAGAAUAAAAGGUCUGGCAGUACCUGAUGAAGCACCAACAAAGGAGGAACGUGAUGUACCUCCCACAGAAAUUGAUCCCGACCCUCCUAAAAAGCGAUCAAAAUCAGACGAGUGCAUAGACACCUUACCACUAUCAGAAAUACCUGUAACUCAGUCUGAACAAUCAGAUUACCCCUUGAUAUAUCCUAAUCAAGAAAAUGGUGAAUCCAUAGAUAUUCCGGGUUGGCACUAGAAGCUUCCUUUGGGCCCAUGGUGGCUUAUUUAGCAGUUACAAGCACUAAAAACACUGGAAUAAUGCAAAAUGUUCCGAAUGUAUGCAUGGAAGCGACCGCACUGGCUUGUAAACAUUGGCACACUAACUGAAGGCAGGCCAACUGAGGCACACUCAGGCCAGCCAGACGCUGGGCGCGUACGGGACGUACGGGACGAAUGAUGUAAGUCGAGUUUUUCACCGUAGGUCGGGGUCAAACUUUUACUCUGACAAGCAUCGUAAGUCAGUUUUAUCAUAGGUUGAGGUCAUCGUAAGUCGGGGGUCCACUGUAUAUACAAAAUAUUUAUAGGUCAUACCAAUGUUUUAGAGAUGCUGGAGUAUACAUGAAACUCCUUGAAGCACAGUAUAAGACAAGUGUCACUCCACUGCUGACAGUGCAGCAGCAGAGUAACAUUUGAGGAUCGAGCACCACUCCAGGGAACCAUGGCUUUAUUUGUUUUCACUGUUACACACAAAUAUAUCUCUAUCAGUCUGUCUAGCUCUGUCUGUUUAUCUGCCUUUCUGUCUACUUGUGUGUGUCUGUCUUCCUGUCCCUCUCUGCUUAUCUAUCUCAGAGAGCCGCUCAUGAACCAAUAGGUAUUACACAUGAUGCAGAGUCGUCACGUCUGAUUCCUGAUCAAGUGAAAAUAUGUAUUACUUGCCAGUCAUGCUUAUUAUGUCUUAUAUCUACAAGCACAAUAUAGCACUUUGCAUUUUUUGGGUUAUCCUAGGUAAUUUACACUAUGUAUGAUAAUUGUACUUAUGUGUACCUGUGAGACAGAGACAGAGAUAACAUAAGAACAUAAGAACGAAGGAACACUGCAGAAGGCCUACUGGCCCAUGCGAGGCAGACAAAGAUAGACAGACAGACAGAGACAGAAGCAGAGAGAGACAGCCAAAAUCA